AUGACCGCCAAAACAGUUGAUCCUGCAAUGAGCACAAACUGUCCUGACGAGACUGUAAUGGAUACAAAGACCGACAUUGCCGAAGCGUCGGUCGUGCCCCUCAUGAGUGAGGAAGAGGAGAAAGCUCUUGUCAGGAAGAUUGAUCGAUGGUUGCUUCCUUGCCUCUGGUUUUCCUAUACUCUACAAUUCUUGGACAAAACCACUUUGGGAUAUGCUGCAGUUCUUGGUCUGCCAGAGGGAACAGGACUGGUUGGCAAUCAGUAUUCGUGGGCAUCGAGUGCAUUCUACUAUGGCUUCAUGGUGGCCAGCUAUCCUGCGUCGAUCGGGUUCAUCAAAUUUCCAAUUGCGAAAUAUCUUUCAGUCACAAUGAUCAUCUGGGCUGUUGUGCUCACUUGUCAUGGCGCAGCCAACAACUUUGUAUCUCUCACAGUGCUUCGUGUGCUCCUUGGAGUUUUUGAAAGCACCAUCAGCCCAGGUUUCACCUUGAUCACAGGUAUCUGGUAUAAACCGUCAGAGCAUGCCUUGAGAACAUGUAUUUGGUUCUCAGGCAAUGCAUUUGCGGCCAUAUUUGGGGGACUUUUGUCCUAUGCCAUUGGCCAUAUCCAACACAGCAUCGCUGCGUGGCGAUGGCUGUUCAUCAUUUUUGGCAUCGUCACUUUCAUCUGGGGAAUUGCCCUUUUUAUUCUCCUUCCAGACACACCCCUUACAGCACGAUUCCUGACCAAGGCAGAGCAAAAGUUUGCCCUUCAGCGUCCUCAAGCAGCUCAAAAGAGUUACAAAAGCACAAAGUGGCGCAAAGAUCAAUUCAUUGAAGCCUUGAUCGAUCCGAAAACGUGGUUUCUAUUUGUGUACAAUGUCAUGAUAUGUCUGCCCAACGGAGGCCUGACCAAUUUUGCAAGUCUCAUCAUCAGAGGCUUUGGAUUCGAUACCUUCCAGACACUGCUACUCGGCAUGCCUGGACCGGCGAUUAGUUUCGUUGUGCUGCUGAUCGCCGCAUACAUCACGAACAAAUAUCGACGGAUGCGAUGCUAUGUCAUGGCCAGUAGCCUUUUGCUGGCUCUGGUGGGAAUCAUUCUCGUUCGCGAGCUCCCAUAUUCCAAUCGGGGUGGGCGGUUGGUGGGUAUCUGGCUGACAUUUGUCUUUGCCUGCGGAUUUCCCCUCAGCUUGAGUAUCAUUUCAAGCAAUUUCGCCGGCUACACCAAAAAGACCACCGUUGCCGCAAUCCUGUUCAUCGGUUACUGUGCUGGAAACAUUGGGGGUCCAAUGGUCUUCAAAGCAAACCAGGCACCGUAUUACGAGUCCGCCUACGCUGCUAUCCUCUCCUGCUUCUGUAUCGCCAUCGUGACCAUCCUGGGUCUUCGUUUGUAUAUGUCGUGGGAAAACACUCGACGAGACAAAAUGCAGGGCCGUGUCAUUGACCCGGAGCCUAAGGACCCGUCCAAUGUCGACAUCGCAUCACAAGUCGAGGGAGAAGAUGCCGUUUCGACGGAUUUGGACAUUUCUGAUUGGGUGAACAAGAGCUUCAGAUAUUGUCUCUGA